AAGCACUUGACAUUGCUACCGCACAACGACCAAGAGCACGCAGGACUGGGACAAGUGGUAGCGGUAAUAGCUGGCGUCAGUCACGUUGGAGCAGCUUUGGCGGAGCACCAUCCGCCAUAGGAUCUCUAGUCAACGCAAGCGUCAGCAGUCUACGAUCUGUCUUCGGAAUAGCCAACGUAGCAUCUCCAACUAGGGACUACAAAGAAGAUUCGUACCCUGGUGUGGGAACUACGAGAAGAGCAGCUGUUCCACCGAGCGCUUGGCGAAGAGGCUCCUCCUACGUCUCUAAUAAUCAUGCCGAUCCUUUCGGUGAUGAGUUUGGUGUCGAGGAAGAAUAUCAAAGAGCAAUGGCACUUCAACAUGAAAGGCUCAAACGGGCCUCCACAUCGGGUCCUGACGAAUACUCAGCUCUGGUUCUUAACCGGAAGGCUAGCGAGAUUCAGCCCGUCGCCGAAACUUCAAGAGCAGGCGCAAUUGGAUAUUUCCCUCUAGCCACAGUUCCCUCAAUCGCUUCAGCCCCUUCAGACUCCCAUGGAUCCGACUCGCAUACAACCCACAAUACCACAAUACGAACACCGGCCGCAGACUCUUCGCACUACGGCAGUCCGCGGGUCCAUAGUCCAACAUUGCACCCCAAAGAAUCACAACUACAACGUGCAACUUCGAGCGGAAGUCGAUUGGGUGUCACCUUGACCCGAACGCUGUCUGCUCUGUCUUCAUUGUUCAACAGUAGCGAGCAAGGACACGCCAGAAGUAGCAGAGGUAGACAUGUCAUUGCUCCUCCGCCUUACGAGUACAUAGACUUGAGAGAUCCCAAUCCACCCCCACCCAUGCUCGGCUUGGGACUGAUACCCAUCAAGGAGGCGGGAAGUGAAGACGGCAGUCGUAACAUUAGCCGAAUCACGAACAUUUCGGAGCCCGGAAGCAAUCAAGGAACUAGCUCCACCCGACCUCCCCUCGUCCUCAAAGCCCUCCAUGGCAAGAGUCUCAGCUCGCUAAGGACAGCAAAUAGCGAAGCAUUAGAGAGGCUAGGCACCGGUAAUUGGGAUGUGAUUCAACGAGAUGACACGGCAAGCUCACGAAGAACUGGCGGCACCUCCGGCAGUGAGAGUCAAUUCACCGAUUUAGGCGACGACAUGGGAUCGAGUUGGAAAGAUGUUGUUGGAAGACCGGAGAAUGUAUAUGUCGCGUCACCUGUUGACUUGAAUAAACUGCCUAGCCCUGAACAAGGAACAUCCUACGAACGAGCCGCCACCGUCCCGAUCACAGGAACAAACCCUCCGGCUGGCCCGCGACCUAUACCACCACCAAAACGUGUUACCUAUAGCCUCGCGCAGAGAAUAGAUACGCUUGGUCUCCCAGAUCCGGCCUUCAGUUCUGUACCUAGGGGACCGUCACCUCCAUCUGGAACGAGGGAGGCCCCUCAGGAACCAAAUUCUCCUAGACGAGCCCAUGCUGGCAGAAGAG